UCUCCUCCCGCCCUGUUCAGAGGCUGAUGAAACUGAAAGUGCCGCAGCAGCGGCUGCUGCUUCAGGCCCGGGAGAUUAUUUCACCUUCAACAACUGCGGAGAGGAGGGCAAUCAGGUGGCGGUGGUAGGCAGACAAAGAGAGUGAGCUUUAAAACAGUGCAACAUGAACGGAGGAGUGGGUUGGGUCCUUUUGGAGGAAGUGAUUGAUCUCACCAGAGGACCGUCAGGAUUGGGCUUUAACAUCGUGGGUGGGAUGGAUCAGCAGUACAUUGCCAACGACAGUGGCAUCUACGUCAGCCGGAUCAAAGAAGAUGGGGCUGCCGCCCUGGAUGGCCGAUUACAGGAAGGAGACAAAAUUUUAGCGAUUAACGGCAGGGAUCUGAAGAACUUGCUGCACAAGGAUGCUGUGGAACUGUUCAGGAAUGCAGGCUGCGACGUUUCUCUGAAAGUUCAACACAAGUUGCAGCCACAGAAUGGUCCAGCUGGUCACAGAGGAGAUGGAGAACCAGAUGGUAUUCCCCUAGCUGUCAUUUUGGUGCCAGUGUUGGCCAUUGCAGUGGUUACAGUGUGGGCCUUCAUGAGGUAUCGACAGCGGAUGUGAAAGAUUCCCCUCCGAAGAUCUCUGUGCAUAUAUAUUCCAUAGCUACAUUAUAAUUUAAAGAGAGAAUCAACAGUUUUAUCCAGGACUAAUGCCACAAAGGAUUGUUGCCUCUUGUAAAGCUGCUGAUGAUGUUCACUAUGUUCUGAUUUUUCUUGUGGGGUUGACGGAGGAAGGAGGUAAAUGGGGAGGUGAGAUCAGUGUGUGUAAACGAAUGUGCCAUUUUCACUGAUCCCAUGGAAGUUUUGCCAUCUCUUUUCUCACACCAUGAACUUUCAAAUACUUAUUCUGUUAAGAUGUGACUUCGGGGGGAGAAGGCUGUGGGUGUGUUUUUAAGAGCAAAACUUUUAUUUUGAGAAUUUCCUUGUUCUCAUCUCAUUCCUCCUACAACCAGUGAUCAACCUCUCUGAAUCAAGAAUGAAGAGGAGUGCGCACUGUUUUUAUUUUCUUCUUUUGAGUAGGGCGGGGUGAUUAAAUAAAUGCCUUAGAGAAAUGUA